UGCACCACCUUUUGUUUCCCUUUGUCACUAAACCCCUAGUCUGGAAAAUUGACAGUUCAGAUAUAUGAACAUCUUUCACGGUAAACACCUUUUACCUCCUCUCGUUGUAGUUUGAGAUAAGAAAGGAUCAGUAGAAACUAUUCGGCUUCCCAGUUACUUUUUCUUAAGAGUAGCUGAGCGAAGUUGAACUGACUAAAUGUUCCCACAAGGGGGUGCAAUGCUAGGAGGUUAACAAAGAGACUAGCAAACACCCUGCUUCUAGAACUCAGACUGAGACUCCAGCCUGAUGUCAGCUCCUUUGAAGUAGGCCUGGUGCAAUGAGUUCCCAGGUGGCAGGGUUUGACCUGGGGACCCGUCCGUAAUCUCAAAGUGGCAAAGCGAUUCAGCAUCUUUCCCAAAGCAGAAGUAUUCCUUAGAACAUACUUGCUCUUAGAGGGUCUCCUUACUAAAGUUUAGAUCUUCAGAGCGUCCAUUGUACCGGAUCAUCAGGCUCGGCUUUGUGCUGGCUGUACAAAUAAAAAUGUGUCGGGUAUGACGCAGGCUUCACAUAUAGUCCAGAUACGGAACUCACGGUGGGUUGGGUUUGCCCUUAACAAAAAUGGCGCGGACUCGUCACGUCGGUAAGAUCACAUGCUCGUAAGCCUGGCUGAGAGUCAAUAUGACUUCAGGCGAAAAGCGGAUGUUAUUAUUAUUCACUUCCGGGUGAGACCCAUCGGGCGCCAUCUUGUCUUGUUCAUGAAGAAGUAGAAGCAUCGAAAGGGUUGGAGAGAAUUACAGGAACGGUGGCGACAGCGGUAUUCCGGAAUCGGAGCGGGAACUUGAAGGAUGUGGGAUCAAGGAGGACAGCCUUGGCAGCAAUGGCCCUUGAACCAGCAACAGUGGAUGCAGUCAUUUCAGCACCAGCAAGAUCCAAGCCAGAUUGACUGGGCUGCUUUGGCCCAAGCUUGGAUUGCACAAAGAGAAGCCUCAGGACAGCAAAACAUCGUAGAGCAACCACCAGGAAUGAUGCCAAAUGGACAGGAUAUGUCUACAAUGGAGUCUGGUCCAAAUAAUCAUGGGAAUUUUCAAGGGGAUUCAAAUUUUAACAGAAUGUGGCAACCAGGCUGACAGGGGCUGGGAACACUCUGGAAACUUCACUUGGCAUCUAGGGAAAAGAGAGCACUCUUUGUCUCUCUGUUGCAACCUCUGGCCUUUUCAGAAGCAGCACUGGCAGAGUAAAACAUGUCUAGCCUCUAAUUAAAGACAAGUUGUGCCACUGUAUGACAAGCAAGCCUGUCAGAUCCGCUCUGCUCCUCAUUCAUCACCUUUCCUCCUCCCUCACCCUUUUUUCAGAUAGCAGUGACUUUCCCUAAUUUCUUGGCUGUUCAUUUUAUUUAUUUUUUUUAAACUUCACAGUAUGACUUAGAUCCUUUAAUGUUUACUCGUUUUCCACGAUUGUGUUAAUAUUUUUAAUAAUCCCAUCACACUAUUUAUAGAGACUGCACAUUUGGAGAUGUUGCUGCAGAAGUCCUAGCUUCUGUUUGCUAUUUUUAUUAUUUCUAUUAUUACUGGUGAGAAUGGAAAACAGGGUAUAUUUUCAAUAUUACUUUUAAAAGAGUAACAAAUGUUCUCAUCUUUGGUAAUGUGAAGUGUUUUUUUUUUGUCUUUUAGAAGGCCAAAUCUUCCCACUUUUGAAACUCUUGUAGUUUUCGAGUUAGUUUCCUCAUCCCGGCAUCAGUGGCCUCCUUUCACUCCUGCUGCCCUCAGCUUCCUUCCCUUCUUUGGCUUUCUCUGUGACACAAAGGAACUUAGUAACCUUUGUGUGUCUCAGUUUCCCCUUCUGAAAUUGACAGAUAAUACCAGAUUUCUCCCUACCUCACAGGGUUGUUGUGAGGAUAAAUGUGUUCAUGGAAAAAGAAAUAAUAUGAAAUUUAAGGUAUUCUUUUUAUGUUGUUACCAUUGAACAGUAAUAGCAGUUUAUCCAAGAGUUGUUUUGGAAUUUGAUAAAUUUGUUAAAAACACUUUUUGGAGCUGAGUGUGGUCUCACAUGCCUGUAAGCCCAGUGCUGGGGAGGCGGAGGCAGAAGGGCUCGUGUUUGAGGCCAGUCUUAGCUGUGUAGAAAGUUCCAGCUGGGCUUCAUCUGCAUAGCAAGAUCCUGUCUCAAAAUAUCAAGCAAAAAAUAACUUUAGGCAUUUCGUUUAGAAUAUGAAUUAGAAUGGAGUACAAUUGAAUUACGUAUGGGAUAGUUUUUAAUUUAUUGUUUAUUUUAAGGUAAUACAAAACAAAUUUGACCAAAAUGUUAUAAAUUGCUUUUUAAAAUUGUGUCAUUACAUUUUUAGCUUUCUUGAGAUCUUAAAAAUUAUAUUGACUUUGUUAUAAUCCCCUGUUGAAUGUCUUUAUGCCUAAAUCCUGAAUAGAAUGGGGAAUGCAUCAGCAGCCCCCACACCCCCCUCCAGAGCAGCCAUGGAUGCCACCAACACCAGGCCCAAUGGACAUUGUUCCUCCUUCUGAAGACAGCAACAGUCAGGACAGUGGGGAAUUUGCCCCUGACAACAGGCAUAUAUUUAACCAGAACAAUCACAACUUUGGUGGACCACCUGAUAAUUUUGCAGUGGGGCCGGUGAACCAGUUUGACUAUCAGCAUGGGGCUGCUUUUGGUCCACCACAAGGUGGAUUUCAUCCUCCUUAUUGGCAACCAGGACCUCCAGGACCUCCAGCACCUACACAGAAUCGAAGAGAACGGCCACCAUCAUUCAGGGACCGACAGCGUUCACCUAUAGCACUUCCAGUGAAGCAGGAGCCUCCACAAAUUGAUGCAGUAAAACGCAGGACUCUUCCAGCCUGGAUUCGUGAAGGCCUUGAGAAGAUGGAACGUGAAAAACAGAAGAAAUUAGAGAAAGAAAGAAUGGAACAGCAGCGUUCACAGUUGUCAAAAAAAGAAAAGAAGACCACUGAAGAUGCUGAAGGAGGGGAUGGCCCUCGUUUACCUCAAAGAAGUAAAUUUGACAGUGAUGAAGAGGAUGAAGACGCUGAAAACCUGGAGGCCGUGAGCAGUGGGAAAGUCACUAGAAGUCCAUCUCCAGCUCCCCAGGAAGAGCACAGUGAACCAGAGAUGACUGAAGAGGAGAAGGAGUACCAAAUGAUGUUGUUGACAAAAAUGCUUCUAACUGAAAUUCUUCUGGAUGUCACAGAUGAAGAAAUUUAUUACGUAGCUAAAGAUGCACAUCGGAAAGCAACGAAAGCUCCUGCAAAACAGCUGGCACAGUCCAGUGCACUGGCCUCCCUCACCGGCCUCGGUGGACUGGGUGGUUAUGGAUCAGGAGACAGUGAAGAUGAGAGGAGUGACCGAGGUUCUGAGUCUUCUGAUACUGAUGACGAAGAGUUACGGCACCGAAUCCGGCAAAAACAAGAAGCUUUUUGGAGAAAAGAGAAAGAACAGCAGCUGUUACAAGAUAAACAGAUGGAAGAAGAAAAGCAACAAACAGAAAGGGUUACAAAAGAGAUGAAUGAAUUUAUUCACAGAGAGCAAAAUAGUUUAUCACUUCUAGAAGCAAGUGAAGCAGACGGUGAUGCGGUUAAUGAAAAGAAAAGAACUCCAAAUGAAGCUCCUUCAGCUUUAGAGCCCAAAAGAGAGCACAAGGGGAAAGAGAAGGAGCGGAGGAGUAGGUCAGGCAGCAGCAGUAGCGGCAGCUCCAGUACCAACAGCAGGACUAGCAGCAGUAGCAGCUCCAUCUCCAGUUCCUCGUACAGCUCCAGCUCAGGCAGCAGCUGCACGUCCUCUCGCUCCUCCUCACCUAAGAGGAAAAAGAGACACAGUAGGAGCAGGUCUCCCACAGUGAAAGCUAGACGGAGCAGGAGCAGGAGCUACUCUCGCAGAGUUAAACUAGACAGCAGCAGGACUAGGGUGAAGCUGAGGGAUAGGAGGAGAUCUAAUAGAAGUAGCAUUGAAAGAGAAAGACGAAGAAACCGGAGCCCUUCCAGAGACAGACGUAGAAGCAGAAGUCGCUCAAGAGAUAGACGAACCAAUCGUUCCAGUCGCAGUAGGAGUCGAGAUAGGCGUAAAAUUGAGGAUCCACGUGGGAAUCUUAGUGGGAACAGUCGUAAGCAUAAAGGUGAGGCUAAAGAAGAAGACAGGAAAAAGGAGAGGAGUCGGAGUGUAGAUAAGGACAGGAGGAAGAAAGAUAAGGAAAGGGACCGUGAACAGGAUAAAAGAAAAGAAAAACAGAAAAGGGAAGAAAAAGAUUUUAAAUUCAGUAGUCAGGACGAUCGGUUAAAAAGGAAGCGAGAAAGUGAGAGAACUUUCUGUAGGAGUGGUUCUAUAUCUGUUAAAGUCAUAAGACACGACUCUAGACAGGAUAGUAAGAAAAAUGCUACCAAAGAUAGUAAAAAGCAUUCAGGUUCUGAUUCUAGCGGAAGGAGCAGUUCUGAAUCCCCCGGAAGUAGCAAAGAAAAGAAGGCUAAGAAGCCUAAACAUAGCCGGUCGCGCUCCAUGGAGAAAUCUCAAAGGUCUGGUAAGAAGGCAAGCCGCAAACACAAGUCUAAGUCCCGAUCAAGAUCAACAACCCCUCCCCGUCGUAAGCGCUGAGGAAUGACGUGGCAAGAACGCCACGAUGCCGUCUUAUAAAUUCCAUGAGUUUAAGGGCUUGUCUCAUUGUAGAGGCGCUGUGGCUGUGUAGGUGAAACAGAUUUUUUUAAUUGUGUAAAUAGGUGUCUUUUUCCAAAUGCUGCUCCACGUUACUUAAUAGGAUUUCUUUGUAUUACAUUUUUUUCAAGAAAUAGUACUAUAAGACUAUAAAUAUGCCAUUCUCUUUCAGCUGUAAUGUUCUCAAAAUUAUUCUUGAAUGUACUGUGAUGUCAAUAAAGCUCUUUAGUUCAUUUUUGUUAAA